CAUUGAAUGCAAUAAACAACAACAAUAGGAAAUAAUAAUAAAUCAAGCGCAAAUCAUGUCAAACAAAUCUUCAUUGGCUUUAAUGCUAUUGCUGGUGUUGCUGCCGCCGCCGGCAAUGCCACAUGCAGCACGACGCGCCCGCGAUAGCAACAACAAUGACAACAACAAGAAUGCAACUGCAACUGCAACAGCAGCCGCAGCAGAAACAACAACGGAGUUGACAGAGCUGGAGGAACUGCCAGCAGCCACGUCAAAGGCCACAGCACAAAAAUUUAACAACAACAGUCGCAAUAACAAUGCGCACCACAAAUAUGAGAUACGCGGCGUUGCUGGUGAACCAAAUUACAAAUCGGUGAAUCUGACCUGGGAAGUGGAGUUCGUGACGCCAGCCCAUGACACAGAUACCAAUGGCAAUGCCAAUGAGCUGGACAACGAUUUGAAUGUCAAUGGCGUGACAAAUAUGAGCAGCGAUGUGGAACCACCCAAAGCCUUUCAGAUCUUCUACUGUGAGAUGCAAAACUAUGGACCACAACGUUGUCGCGUCAAAUUGGUGAACGGCAGUGUGGCAACAAUGGAUGAGCCCAAUGUGGACUCACAAGUGCAACACUUUGCUGCCGCCGUUGAUAAUCUACGCAUGGCUACCAGAUAUAGCUUCCAUAUACGUCCAGCGCAGUCGCGACGCUUGCGCAGCAGCAGCGCACGCGCUGAUUUUAACGAUGAGAAUGACAUUGAUUCGCUGCAUCCGCCAGGCCAAAGCAUCAUUAUACCCACCAAGGGCUUCUCGGCGCAUGCCACGCAGUGUCUGGCGCAUGCCUCUGAGAUUGAAGUGGAGACGGGUCCUUAUUUUGGCGGUCGCAUUGUUGUUGAUGGUGGCGACUGUGGCAUCAAGGGCAAUCCGCAGAAUCCAGUCACGAGCUAUACAAUGCGCAUUGAUCAUAAACAAUGUGGCAGCAUGGUGAAGCCAGAGACCAAUACUGUGGAGACUUUCAUAACGGUGCAGGAGAAUUUGGGCAUAUUUACGCAUAGCACAAGGCGCUUUGUGGUCGUCUGUAGCUAUCAGUCUGGCAUGCAGACAGUGCGUGCGAGCUUCACUGUGCCCGGCAAGAAUGGCGUAGCCUCUGCAGUGGAGCAAAACGAUCCCUUUGAGCCGGAUGAGGAUCGUUCGGGCAGAGAGCUGCGUCACAUGCGCUUUGUGGACAAAACCGAGCUGGUGCUCAAGGAGCCGCUGGAGUCCAUUGAGGAGGCUGCGCUGGUGCAGGAGACGCAAGCGCCAGUGGCGGAGCAGGCGCGACAACAAGGACGUGCGCUCAGCUUCGAUAGUCUCAAUGAGCUGAACAAUUUGGCAUCGCUGGAGCAGCAGGCGGAGUCUGAGACUGAGUUGGAGUCGCUGCCAGCGCAGGGUCAACGCUUGGAGCAGCUGAGCACCAAGUAUGCCAAACUGGUUGUGGAGCAGGCGGACGGUGGCGCCAGUUGGCAGACGCAGGCGCAGAAUGUGCAGGAGGCGGAUUACAACGCCAGUUUGCGUUAUGUAAGCGCCAAUCUGGGCAGCGUGCUGCUAACUGUUUCCAUAUCUGUGAUAAUCAUCGGUAUUUGCAUAGUGCUGAUGCAGCAGCAGCGACGACGACGACGCUUGCAACAUGUGGCAAGCACGGCAACGAUGACGCCAACAUUGGCGCAUCUGCCGCACAAGACGCUGCCGCGUGCGCUGCAGCAGCAGCAAUAUCAGUGCACCUUGUAGUUGCACAUGCCACAUGCCACAUGCAGCAGCAGCAACAGCCUCUCUAUGCGCACUUGUCUUGCUGAAUGCCUCGAGUGCCUCAUGCCUGUUACCCUAACCCAUUUAGCUUAAGACGACUGCGCAUAGUCGACCCCACCCCCACUCUGCCCCCUCCAGCAGCCCACACAACUUUAUUAAUUUUUAAACUUAGCUUUAUGCUUAAACUACUUUUA